GUGACACAGUUUCGAGAACGUGACAUAAUUUACACUUUAAGAAGUUUAAAACUAGACUUUAAGUAAAUUUAUUUAGUGAAAUUUGACGUCAACUUUAUUCAAACUAAAUUUACACUGUUUAUACAUUGUCGCUGGCAAAGCAUCCUGUUCAUCCGGUUGAAACAAACAUUACACAACAUGGCAACCCGAGAAAAAUCAUUUGGAUAUUGAGGAUCGUACUGUAACGACUGGUGUUGGUACUUCGCAUGUGUCUGUGGUGCGUUUUACAGGAAUAAUGAAUGAGCUUCUGUUGAUCGCCGGUAUUUUUAUCGCCGUGCUGAUAUUCUUUCGUCAAUUUGUACGUGGGGCACAAUGCAAAAGCAAGACAAAACUGCAUGGUAAAACGGUCAUCGUAACAGGCAGUAAUACAGGCAUAGGUAAAGCGACGGCUGUGGAGUUAGCAAUGAGAGGAGCGAGAGUCAUUCUGGCAUGUCGCAACCAAGUGCGCGGCGAGGCGGCUGUUGCGGUUGUGAAACGAGAAAGCGGGAGUAAAAAUGUGGUUUUAAUGCAUCUGGAUUUAGCCAGUCUGAAAUCCGUGCGCUCCUUUGCACAAACUUUCCUUAAGAGUGAGGAAAGACUGGAUAUUCUCAUCAACAACGCAGGGGUCUUUGCGCAGGGCACCACAGAGGAUGGUCUUGGUCUUAUGUUUGGUGUCAAUCACAUCGGGCACUUCCUCUUGACUAACUUGCUGCUGGAAAGAAUGAAGGAAUCUGCACCAAGCCGUAUUGUCACUGUGUCUUCGAAUUUACACAACUUGGGUAACCUUGACCUCGACUGUCUUCGCACACACAAGGAGUUUGGAAUGGGCGAUAGUUUAAUUGAUAUCUUUAAGAUCUAUUCCCACAGCAAGCUGUGCAACGUCCUGUUUACACACGAGCUUGCAAAGAAGCUGCAGGGAACCAAUGUGACCUGUUACAGCCUUCAUCCAGGUGUUGUAGACUCUGAUCUGGGUCGUUAUACGAAUAAAAAGAUUAGGAGGUUUGUAUACAGGCCCAUUGCAGCUAUGUUCUUCAAGGACAUAGAAGCUGGUGCCCAGACAACUCUACACUGUGCCCUGCAAGAGGGCAUCGAAUCCCUGAGCGGCAGGUAUUUCUCCAAUUGUGCCGUGCAGAAGGUGGCAGCCAAAGCUCAGGACGAUGCUGUGGCCAAGAAGCUGUGGGAAGUGAGCGAGACAUUAAGUGGUUUGUCAUGAAUGCAUUUGGUUUCACAGUUUUUUAAGACCACAAAUUGUGAGCACAGCUGUUAACAGUACCACAGUCGUAAUGUAAAGAUGCACCGUUUAUAGUUCUUAAACAUGAUUAAUAACUCCGCUUCAAUCACGUUAUUAUGUUUUCAGCAGCUGUCAUUGUCUCUGUGUUUUAUUGUUGUUACCCAUCUAAAGUUACAUUGGACUUGUCUUUAAGCAACUGAUGCUCUAACACAGAAAUUGUGUGAAAUUGUUUAUUUGGAAGGAUUUGAUGGUAUAUAUUGGUAUACAAUAUUGUGCUGUUCGUUACAGGUUUUUAAUGAAUGUGUGUUGAGCCCUGUUUGAAAACAUUUCACCCUUAGGGCUAGAGAUAAAAAUAAAAUCAGCAAGGUGUGGUUAGGUUUAUUAAACAAUAGGAAUGGAUCUGUAUGUAGCAAAGAGAUUUACUGUAUGUGUGUAUGGUAUACAUUACCAUAAUGUUUUUGAUACAAUGGAUCUGUGUGUUUGCUUUUGUUUGAUCAUAAACUUCAAAUUAAACUUGUCAAAUUAAAGUCUGUCUUUUG